AAUGAAAUAAUUAAAUCGCGGUUUAUAGUAAUGUUCUUUGAAAAUAAGUCUACAAAAUUUUGAGCUUUUAUAAGUCAUUCUUUGAGGAAACCAAGAUCAUUGUAAGAGACAAUGAGUAAAAAUAAAAUUGGAAAUUAAAAAUGGCAACUUAUGAGGAAGUUAAAGACAUUCCAAAUCAUCCAGAGAAAUAUUUAAUUGAUGUACGAAACAGAGAUGAGAUUGCGAAUACCGGUUCUAUUCCAGGAAGCAUUAACAUACCAUUGCCUGAAUUACAGGAAGCUUUAACUGGAGGUGAUGCCAGUUUUUUGGAAACUUAUGGACGAGAAAAACCAGCAAUGGACGCUGUAAUUAUAUUCACAUGUCAGUCUGGUCGACGUGCAGCGAAUGCUACUGCUAUUGCUACAGAUCUCGGUUAUAUUAAGUAAGUA